AUGACAGGGAAACUGAAAGGCAUUGCAGUCCUUGAAAGAACACCAACAUUUGAUGAGUUCCCUUCAGGCCCUCCCACUAGCAGUCCCGGUAGUGUGAACUUUAACCAGGGUUCUUGUUUAUGUGUGGAAGGAGUGGCAGGAGGAGACAAACUGUUCUUCUCCUCCUCUGCUGUGGACCUGAUCAUGGGUAGCACCCUGGCCAGGUGUGCCCUCACUGACCUCACCGUCCAGUGGACCUGCUGGCUUCUGGCUGCAGUUUGGAGAACAGAGAAGUUCUAUGAUUUGGCAGGUUCGGGCACGUUUAUACUGCUUGCACACCUGAGUCGUAUCUGGGGAGGAGCCAGACAUGUCCGUCAGAAUGUGCAGACUUGGCUGGUGACCGUGUGGGGACUCAGGUUGGGGAGGUUUCUUUUCCUGCGGAUCUUGAAGCACGGCUACGAUCGCAGGUUCAACAAUGUCAGGGACAGCCCCGGGACUUUCUUCAUAUACUGGACCAUUCAAGCUAUGUGGGUGUUUAUGACCCUGCUGCCCACCCUGAUGCUGAACAGCCAGAAGCGAGAUCAACCUCUGGGAAUGAGGGACUAUGUCGGCUGGACUGUUUGGGGCCUUGGUUUCAUUACUGAGGCUGUUGCUGACCAGCAGAAGUUCUUUUUCACCCGUGACCCAGAUAACGCUGGUAAGUUCAUCCAGAGCGGACUGUGGGCAUACAGUCAACACCCCAACUACUUUGGAGAGAUCCUGCAGUGGACGGGUCUCUGGCUCUCGGCUUCAUCAGUGAUGAACGGUCCUCAGUACCUGAGUGUAGCCUCACCUCUUUUUGUCUGGUUCCUUCUGCGAUAUGUUAGUGGCAUCCCCCUCCUGGAGAAACAGGCCAUGAAGAAGUGGGGAUCUGAUCCAGCCUUCCGAAACUACAUCAAGAACACCCCACUUCUCUGGCCAUGGCCUUGAUUUUGAUAUAUAUGAAUAUACUACCUCCUUGAUGUAGUUAGUACAUAUUACAAGUGAAGGAGGGAGGAGUAAGGGCACAAUUCGGUAGUAAUUCGUUUAGAUGAUACAUGCCACAAAAAAAUUUGUAAUGGAACGUUUAAAAAAGUUCCUGAUGUUUAAUAAGA